AUGGAUAAAGAUUCACUUCUUCACGCCUUGGGUGGUACUUUAAACGCUGAUCAACAAGUCAGAAAAAACAGUGAAGAGUCAUUGCAUGUCUAUGAGCAACAGCCAGGAUUCACGAGCUACUUGUUGGACUUGAUCACCGAGCCCGGUAUUCAAUUGGGUACACAGAUUGCAGCUGCAAUUUUCUUCAAAAAUAGAAUCUUAAAUUAUUGGAUUGCUCCUGAAAAUACAAAGCAACCUACUAGUUAUUUCCUUCUUGAAAAUGAAAAAGCUGAUAUCAAGAACAAGUUGGUCCCCACCUUGAUUAAAGCAUACAAAAUCAACCAGAUCAAAUUUUCUUUGUCGACUGCAUUGAAUGGGAUAUUGAGUUAUGAUAAAUGGGACGAAUUGACACCGAUGAUCUCGAAUUUGCUUUCAUCACAGGACCAGGAUCAAAUUUUUGUGGGUUUGAUUUGUUUAUACGAAUAUGUCAAGAGUUAUAGAUGGGCAGGUCUUGAGCUGAAGAAUUUUUCAAAUCCUGUUAUGGAGAAUAUCACACAAGAAGUAUUCCCAAUUAUUGAACAAUUAGCCCAAACAUUGAUUUCAAAUGACAGCAGCAAUGUUACAGAUGAGAUGCUCUACCUCAUUGUAAAGUCGUUCAAGAAUGCCACGUUCUCGUCACUCCCUACGUAUUUCGUCGAUGUGAACAAAUUGGGUCUUUGGUGUAAUAUACAUAUUCUGAUCAUCAACAAACCACUACCAAAGGAGGUUUUGGAAGAAGAUAUUGUGGAGCAACGAGCAUUGCAUCCUAGAGUUAAGGCUGUAAAGUGGUGCUUUGCCAACAUGAACCGUUUAUUAAACAAGCACGGUGGUGGAUACUUGACCAAAGAAAACAAUGAUUUUACCCAAGUGUUUCUCACCAAUUUUGUUCCUGAAAUUCUAAAUGCUUAUUGGAAGAUUAUUGAAGAGUGGUCAACCAAGAAGAUUUGGCUAAGUGAGGCCUCUUUAUUCUAUAUGAUCUCCUUUUUGGAACUUAUUAUUGAAACACCAUGCUGGGAACUAGUUGGUGAUAAAUUGGAUGCUGUGAUCAAGCACUUGAUACUUCCAUCCUUACAAGCUACUGAAGAAACAGUAGAGCUAUACGAAGACGACACAUUUGAAUACAUUAGAAGGUUCUUUGAUGUCAAUAGAGAACAAAAAACGAGUGACGUGUCUGCUAUCAAUUUUGUUUACAGACUCUCCAACAAGAAGUUUAAGCUGACUAUAAAUGUGAUUUUCAGUAUAAUCAAUGACAUUUUCACUCAAAGGAUUAGUGAUCGCGGGAACCAGGAGAUUGCAAUGAAAACGGAAGGUGCCCUCCGAAUCCUUUCCACUAUUUCCUACAAAUUGGAUACCAAAUCAUCGCCAUGCCACGGACAAGUCGACAAGAUGCUCGAAACGUACGUUCUUCCUGAGUUGUCAAAUGGAAACUCUAUCAAGGCGCCGUGGCUUACUGCAAGAGCUUGUGAUACGAUUGCCAUGUUCCACAAUCAUCACUAUAGUGACGUGCAAGUUUUAGAAAAAAUUUUCCAAGGAAUCAUUUCAUGUUUUCAAAACGAGAGCCAAUUUCCAAUUCAAUUGACAGCUGCAGAUGCAUUGGCAACGUUGGUUCAAGAGGAUUCAGUAGCGGCUCAUGUUUCCGAACAAGCACCACAAUUGUUAGAAAACUUGUUGGAGAAAUCUAAGAAGUAUGAAAGUGAUAUUUUGACCCACGUUAUGGACACUUUUGUGGAGAAGUUUGCUAAAAGUCUUGAACCAUAUGCUGUUGAGCUUGGAACUAAAUUGGUUGAGCAAUUCCUUCGUUUAGGAAAUGAAAUCCUUGAACUGCAAAGCGCAGGAGGUGCGAUUGAAACUGAUAAGGAGUACCAAGCAAGUGGUUUGUUGAGCACGUUAACCACUUUGAUUCUUUCCACUUCUCACGCUUCUAAAAUAGGAACACGUUUGGAAAAUGUGGUUCAAGAAUUGAUCAAUUUUGUUUUGGAGAAUGCAAUGGUAGUGUUUUUGACUGAAAUCGUUGAGAUUAUGGAAUCAUUGUUGUAUUUAAACCAAGAAGUGUCAAACACCAUGUGGACAAUAUAUCAAAGUGUUAUAGAUGCAUUUGAGACUUAUGCAUAUGAAUAUUUUGACCUGUUUCAACCAUUCUUUGUGGGUAUUAUUAACAAAGGAUUCACCAAUCCCCAGGUAACCAUGGAACACCCAUACGCUCAAUCAAUGAUGAACGUUUGUUUCGGUAUUUUGAAGCAAGAUGAUAUGGAUCCAAUAUUUGCCCAUGCAGCAUUUGAAGACAUUGAAUUAACCAUUUUGGCUAUGAACACUAGACUAGCUUCCGUAUUACCCAACUUCUUAAACGAAGUCUUUGACAUUUAUCACAACUUAGACGCCCAGAAUGCAUUUGAUGGGUAUAUGUUACACCGUUUAUCAUUGCUUCGUAUUCUUUUUGCCUCCAUUUUUGUUGACCCAGUCAACACAAUGAAUAUUAUAGGAUCAAAGGGUUUUACUGUGGAAUUCUACAAAUUAUGGAUCAAACAUAGUGAUGAUUUCCAAAGUGUUUACGGGUGUAAAUUGCAAAUAUUUGCAGCCUUGGCUAUUCUCAAAACUGACGUGGUAAAGAAUAUUCCGGAAGACUUGGUUGGUGAAACGGUUGAUUUACUCAUAAACAAUUUGGCGGCUUUGCCCAAUGCAAUCAGAACCAAGAACUCCAUAUUGACUAAUGAGAUUAGUCAAAAGGACCAAGUCAAAGCGGAAGAAAAAGAUGAUGAUGAAAACGAUGAAUAUGCAGAAAUUGGCGACUUCAAUGAUGAGUAUGAGAUGGAUGAGGCAGAAAUGGAAGCUCUUAAGGAAACACCUAUUGACAAUACCAAUGGAUUUGAAGAAUUUGUUCGAGUAUUCCUUUCCAUGCAACAAAAUGAACCUGAAAAGUAUCAUGUAUUGUUCGGUGAAUUGGAUGACAGCAAAAAGGACAUGAUUCAAGAGCUUGUAAGGGUCACUCAACAAACAAGACGUUAA